GUGUCGCUACGGUUUGACAACCAGUAUGAAGUUUGCAUUUAUUGGUGGUUCAUACUUACAUAGUCAAAGAGUUUCCCUCUGUUUAUACUGUGUCUAUGGUUAUCUAUUAUGGUAUAUUAUGAAAAAUAUGAAGCUUCUUACGCACAAUAUGUUAACAUCUAGAGCUAUGAAAGGGGUAACAGUCGGCUAUCCUCUGAAAAUAGUCGCUCGAGACAUCAGAGUAUCCGAAGUAGAUUUUAAUCCAGAGUAUAUCGCUAGGAUAAUUCCAAAAUUGGAUUGGACAGUGCUAUGGAAAGCUGCUGAGAGCAUAGGACAUGUUGGUGAAUUACCUCAGAUUCUAAUAGAGGACUUCGAGACAAAUGAAGAUUUUCUGAAAAAGGCUCAUCAUAUUCUGUUAGAAGUCGAAGUUAUAAACGGAGAUUUAUUGUGUCCCGAAUCUGGCAGAAAAUUUCCUAUCAACGAUGGCAUUCCAAACAUGCUUUUAAACGAAGAUGAAAUUUAAAUAACAGAACCAAAUAUUUUAAGAAUAUUAUUAUUGCCAUUGUAUCUCUAGUUAUAGUUAUCAUUGUUCCUUUAAUUACUUAAUAUUAUACACACACAUUUACAUACACACACACGCUUCUGUAUCAUAGAUCUUGUCAUUAGUUUUAUUUUUUUAUAUUGAUACAGUUAAUAUUUUAAUAAAGAUGUAAAAAAGCAA